AUGUACGACAACCUUGAUCAUUUGGGUAUGGGUUCACUUUCCGUGGAUCCACCUGUUUCGGAACGGCGUUCUGGGGUACUCCCCUGUCACGGUGAGGUGACAGGUCAGCAGGCAGGCGCGGGCGGUCGUCUUUUUUCGUACUGCCGUCGUUUUCGCGUCUUCUUUACUGUUGCGCAUUAUGCAUCAAGCGACGAAGACUGGAGACUGAUGGGCUUUCAGCUCUGGAAGCCUUUAGAGAGCCGCACCGCUCGUCCGUAUGCCGUACAUACAGACAGCACGGCCAACUGGCCCAGGUGCAGAGCCCGUUCCCCCACCCCCCUUUUCCCGUCGCCGGGGGGGUUCACUGCUUAUCGGGGGAUCCACUGGCACCUCACGCCCGCGGGAGGCUUCCGGAAGGAGCAGUCUGCUCUCAGAAUCAUGAUCAGAUCAUGUCGUCUGAAGCACAUGCGCAUCGUAUAA